CUCAGGGCGCACCCGCCGCGCGACCUGGGGGCCCGGACCGCCCCCUUCCCGCCUCCGCCUGGACCCCGGCGCCAAGAUCGCGCCCCACCCCGCCACAGGCUCCGCCCUCUUCCCCGCCCCCGGGCCGGCGGCUUCCCGCCACGGCCCGGCCCGGCCCGGGGGCGGGGGGACGGGGCGGCGGGACAACCCGGCCUCGCCUGUCUCUUUCGGGCGCCUUCCCCGCUGCGGAGCUCGUCCUCGGCCCGUCUCUCCUUCACCCGCCGCAGCCCUGGAGGGGAUCCGGUAAGAGACAAUGAAAUAGCUGUCUCGGAGCAGAAGGCUGCCAUCAGAUCUGGUUCCUGUGGAUUGGUUCUUGCUUGGGGACUGGGUCGUCACCCCAUGGGAACUCAUCUGUCCUCAGUGAGGGUGCCCUUCGUUUAGCGGGGCUGCUGGCACCUACCUCCUGGUGCCAUACUGGUUUCUGGACAUAUUUGGAAACUCAUUUGUGCCCUGCCUGAAUGUCCCCACCAUGAGAGAGUCAUCCAGAGGCCACCCUCCCUGGGAGGAGGGAACAAUCUGCAAGGUUAAGUCUGCCCAGGGCUCAGCUGUGCUUGCAUGGACCCGACAGAGACCCGACAGCGGAGGCUGGAGGACCUAGGGCAGCCACACGCCCUCAGCACAGGAGUACUUCCUGCAGCCUCAGAAGAUGGACCUCUGAGUGUAUCCGAGAGCCACAGGGUGGCCCCUAAAGCACUAGGGACGGAGCUUAGCAAGGAGACUGCCUUGUCCAUCAGCCUUCAGGUGACAGUGCCCUUCCUCCUUGCAGGCCUGGGACUGUCUGGGGCUGGCAUACUUCUGAACAGUUUCCAGCACUGGCCUGUGUUUGUGGAAGUAAAAGACCUGUUGACGCUGGUGCCGCCCCUGGUGGGCCUGAAAGGGAAUCUGGAGAUGACGCUGGCAUCACGCCUCUCCACAGCUGCCAACACUGGACAAAUUGAUGCACCCCGGGAGCAGCACAAAGUCAUCGGCAGCAACCUCGCCCUCAUUCAGGUGCAGGCCACUGUCGUGGGACUCCUGGCUGCCGUGGCCGCCCUGCUGCUGGGCUUGGCAUCUAGGGAGGAGUUAGACUUCACGAAGGUGGAGCUGCUGUGUGCCAGCAGCAUCCUCACCGCCUUCCUCGCAGCCCUGGCCCUAGGAAUGCUGAUGGUCUGUGUGGUGAUCGGUGCACGAAAGCUGGGGGUCAACCCGGACAACAUUGCCACACCCAUUGCAGCCAGCCUGGGAGAUCUCAUCACGUUGUCCAUUCUGGCUUUUGUUAGCAGCUUCUUCUAUAAACACAGAGACAGUUGGUAUCUGAUGCCACUGGUCUGCAUUGGCUUCAUAGCCCUGACCCCUGUUUGGGUCCUCAUUGUCAAGCAGAACCCACCCAUCAUGAAGAUCCUGAAGUUCGGAUGGUUACCAAUCAUCCUAGCGAUGGUCAUCAGCAGUUUUGGAGGGCUCAUCUUGAACAAAACCAUUUCUAAGCGGCAGUACAAUGGCAUGGCCAUAUUUACUCCCAUCAUAUGUGGUGUUGGUGGCAAUCUGGUGGCCAUUCAGACCAGCCGGAUCUCCACCUUCCUGCACAUGUGGAGCACACCUGGAGUCCUACCUCUCUGUAUGAAAAAAUUCUGGCCCAACCUGUGUUCCAUUUUCUGCACCUCAGAAAUCAAUUCCAUGUCAGCCCGAGUGCUGCUUUUCCUGGCAGUCCCAGGCCAUCUCAUUUUCUUCUAUAUCAUCUACCUGGUAGAAGGCCCUUCAGUCCCACACAGCAAGACCUUCGUGGUAUUCUACCUGCUGGCAGGCCUGGUCCAGGUGACGGUCCUGCUGUACCUGGCCGAAGUGUUGGUUCGGCUGACGUGGCACCAGGCCCUGGAUCCGGACAACCACUGUAUCCCCUACCUCACGGGGCUGGGUGACCUCCUAGGGACUGGCCUCCUGGCGAUCUGCUUCCUUAUCCACUGGCUACUGAGGAGCGGAGCAGAGCUGGGUGGCUCAGAGCCAGUGUCAGGACCUCCCUAAUGAGCCAGGCAGCCCCAGCUGUGAGGUAGAAUUUUCCCUCACUCAGUGGGGUACAGAACAGUUUCCCCCUGGCUGGGUGCUCAGGAUGGCCGGCACCCUGCCUCUGCAGUGGCCCCUUGUCAGUCUGCUAAGGAGACUCACACACACCUUGACUUUGGUGUUGACUUUGGAACCUGAGCCCGUGAUAGAAGCCUGAGAUCAGAAGCUCCGUUUGUGUGAAUGUGACCACAUGUGCCUGGCCUGAGUGUGUGAAUGUGCGUGUGCACGUGGAGAGCAGGGCACUCUGGCCUGAAGGUGCUGUCGGAGGGGCUGUGUGCGGUGGACUUGAAUGAAGUGUGGGCUGUGUGUGGCACCUGUGCAGCCCGGACUUGGGAGGAGCAGAAAGGAGAUCAUCUGCUCCGGAGCCUCAGAGCUCUGAGCUGGGGCUUCACCUCUGUCCUCACCAGGUCCUGGCUCCAUGAGCCACUCUGCCAGCGUGCCCUGCAAGUGUGUGUGAACCUUCCCCGGAUGGGCCGUGAACACCCUCUUUCCUGCUCCCAGUAUUUAAUCUUGUCGCUGUUUUCUCCCCCAACCAUUUUUUUUUAAAGCAAAACCUCCAUUUAGAUUUUAAUGACCAGAGAAGUGUAAAAUAAAACAGGUUAUAUUGUACAUGG